AUGACGUCAGGACAUGAAUGUGAUGACUCGAGACCGUGCCCUGUCCCUCCCCACCCAGAUCUCCUUGCUCGACUCCGAUAUGAACCGAAUUCAGUUACUGCUCCCUCUAUCACCACACAGAUUCCCGGACGUCCUUCAUUCAGCGCCAGGACUGGAACACGCACAGGUCUGAAUGAUGGAUGCAUCUUCCCUGAAUCUCAUUUUGAGACUGCUGUCUCUGCGAGCCGUUUGAGCAGAGCUGCAUUAGAGCGAACUCCUCUCCGUGGUACUAUUCGAGCUGCUGUUGUCCUGGUUGACUUCCCAGAUAAAAAAAUGGGAGCAAAUGCCGCACAAUACUUCGAAGAUCUCUUUUUCUCCACUGGAAGAAUCAACACUGGCAGUGUCACCGAAUAUUACAAUGAGGUUAGUGGUGGUAAGAUCAGCCUCAGCGGCGAGGUUGUUGGCCCUCUGCGCAUGCCCCGUAAGCUUUCAGCCUACGCACAUGGCGAUAGCGGGAUGACCAAUGCUACUCCAAAUGCUCAGACUAUGGCUGCGGACGCACUGGAUGCGGUCAAAGGUCAAGUCAAUUUCGCUCCCUAUGAUAAUGACCAAAAUGGUUACGUCGAUGCCUUUGUGGUGGUUCAUGCCGGACAGGGCGCUGAGGAGACCGGAAGAAAGGACGAUAUUUGGUCUCUUAAGUGGACACUACCAGCUGUCACUGAUGUCAACGGAGUUAAUAUAUUUGCCUUUCUUACCAUCCCGGAGGAUGCUAAAGCCGGCGUGGCUGCUCAUGAGCUGGGCCAUCUCGUCUUCGGCUGGCCGGAUCUUUACGACAUAGACUGGAGCUCCGAAGGUGCUGGAAAUUGGUGUCUGAUGGCCGGAGGCUCAUGGGGUGGUUCACCACCGGGCGUUAAGCCUUGCCACCCCUCCGCCUGGUGCAAAGAGACCCAGGGCUGGGUGGACAAAGUCGUGGAUACCCACCUCCAAUCUAUCACUUUGGACGCCGUGGAGGACAGGCUACAAGUCCACCGACUGUGGAAGAAUGGCGAUAAUGCAAGCCAGGAGUACUUCCUACUAGAGAAUCGCGAGCCCAUCGGGUUUGACCAGUCACUUCCUGGAUUCGGUCUUCUCGUCUGGCACAUUGACGACUCGCGGGAUGAUAAUCAUGACGAACGCCAUUACAAGGUGGGUCUCAUGCAGGCUGAUGCACUGAAUCAGCUCGCCACACGUGCAGGCCGCGGUGACCCUGGCGAUCCGUUCCCGGGAAGUACGGGAAAUAAGAGCUUCACGUUUAUAUCCAAUCCUAGCAGCCGCUCGUAUGCGGGUCAGGAUUCGAAAGUGUCUAUCACGAAUAUCUCCGCCCCGGCACCGACAAUGACUAUGGAUAUUGCUGUGUAA